UCUGAAUUCUUCUACGCACGGCUCCUUCACCUUUCCCAUGGGCUCACCGGCGAUCCGUUCGUUGGUACCGGCGGCGGGGUUGCUAAGCCUGUGACAGUGGCCUGAAUCCGGAUCCUCCGAGCUGCGGCCAUGAGGCUCGUGGUGCCUCUCCAGGGUGUGGUUCAAGGCAGAGGAGGCAUUUUGCUUGGCUCUCUGAUCCCCUGCGCUCUCUUUUACUUCCUCCAGCUCUAUCUCAAACGGCAUCGUUCCGAUGAACCUUCUCGGGCUCCUCCAACUCCGCCACCGUCGGGGAUCCCGCCGUUGGAGGGUGUUCAAGUGUCGUCCCUCGCGAAUUUUCUUGCGGAACCUGACAAUUUGCCGUAUGACAAUGUAAUGGAGAGAGUGGCCCAGGAUUCUUAUGACAGAUUCAAUAAUCCAAACGGGAUGAUUGAGCUGAGCUCGUCCGAGAACAAGCUCUGCUUGGAUCUAAUUGAGAAGUGGUUAUCAGAGAACAUGAAGAAAUCGCUAGUAGGGAAUGAUUUCACUCUUAGUGUUAAUGGGAUUGCAACUUACCAGCCGUUUGAUGGAUUGGAGGAAUUGAAAAUGGCCAUGUCAAAUUUUAUAUCUCAAGUGAUGGGAGGGAUGGUGAAAUUGGACCCGUCAAAUAUGGUGCUAACUGAUGGAGCCACUCCUGCUAUUGAGAUCCUAUCUUUCUGCCUGGCAAACCAGGGAGAUUCUUUUCUUGUCCCUACACCUUAUUAUUCAGGAUUUGACAAGGAUGUGAAAUGGCGAGCCCGAGUGAACCUAAUACCAGUUCACUGUCAAAGCAAGGACAAUUUUGCUCUGAGCAUCACUACUCUUGAAAAGGCAUUCUCUCAAGCUCACAAGCCUGGAGUCAAAGUUCGAGGAAUUCUCUUCUCCAACCCUGCAAAUCCUGUUGGCAAUCUGCUGACACGGGACAUGCUCAAAAAUCUUGUGCACUUUGCAGAAAAGAAAAACAUCCAUAUCAUUGCUGAUGAAGUACUUGCAGGAUCAGUAUAUGAAAGGGACAAGUUUGUGAGCAUAGCUGAAGUUCUUGAUUCAGAAGGCCUCGAUAAGAAUCGAGUUCAUAUAAUAUAUGGCCUCUCAAAAGACCUCUCACUUGCAGGCUUUAGAGUUGGGGUUAUAUAUUCGUUUAACAACACUGUUUUGGCUGCUGCUAGGAAGCUAAGUAGGUUUUCUUCUUUAUCUGCUCCCACACAGAGGUUAGUUAUUUCAAUGCUUUCAGAUAGAAAAUUUAUUAUGGAGUAUUUUGAAACUAACCAGAACAGAAUAAGACAAGCGCGGAAUGAACUUGAGGCUGAAUUAAGUAAUCUAGGAAUCAAGUGUGCAAAGAGCAGUGCUGGUUUGUACUGUUGGGCUGAUAUGAGAGGAUUGUUAAGGCAACCUCAUAGUGACAAAAGUGAACUUGAGUUAUGGAAGAAGUUUAUAAAUGUUUCCAAGAUUAAUAUAACUCCUGGAUCAGCCUGUCAUUGUAUUGAACCGGGAUGGUUUGGAAUUUGUUUUGGUGCACUAACUUCAGAAAACAUUCCUGUAAUUAUUGGAAGGAUUAGGAAAGUUGUUGAAACUUGUAAAUCUUCCUGUUGAGGCUCCAUUGAUAUUUUUCAUCACAUCAAUAAAAUCAUCUACAUACA